UCUGUCUCUUCCCUUUACUCUCUCUCCUCACCUUUCUCUGUCUCUCUCACUCUCUCCAUCUUGUUAUCCCUCACCCCCUCCCCGUCCCCAUCUGUCUCUCUGAAUCUCUUUAUCUUUCACCCUCCCUCCCUCUCUCCCUCCUUCUUGUUCUCGCUCUCUCUCUUUUUCACUCUCUCUCGCUCUCUUGCUCCCUCCUUGCUGUUCUGUGUUGUUGAUCCGCAUCAUGGCUCUGUUGCUUUUCCUCUUCAGUUAAUCACAGCUUUGUCUCUCAGUUAUUGGACUUGAUCUCUCAAUCUCUUCUUCUUUUACCUGUUGGGCUUCUGCUCUCUCUCUGUUCAUCAUGGAUCUGUCCUUCAUGGCAGCACAGAUCCCCGUGAUGACGGGCGCUUUCAUGGACUCGUCUCCAAACGACGACUACAGCACGGAUCACUCGCUCUUCAACUCCUCAGCCAGUGUUGCUCUUCACCAGCAGGAGGCACCGCAGCGGGUUUCGCGUGAUGCCAUCUGGCUCUGGAUUGCCAUUUCUGCCACCAUCGCAAACAUUGUGGUGGUCGGAGUCGUCUACGCCUGCACCUUCUGAAUGGAGGAAUUUUGGGAAAUAAACACCUAUAGAGCAACAGACUGCUGAUUUAUUCUGGAUUAAAAUCAUAAAACCAGUCAGUAAUCACGCCAAUCACAUGACCCAUUCAGGUGAAGCUAAUCCAGGAUUCCGUUUCCAUCUGCUCAUCUCAUACAGUACGACUCGUGUCUGGAUUAUAUUCUGAUCCGUUUUUAUCAACAUGUGUUUACACUUCAAACAUGUCACCGGUCACUCAGACUGAAAUCUUAUUGGUCCAUUAGGCGUUAAUAUGCAAAUUAGCUCAUUACAUUCAUCACCAGCUUCUUGUGUGGUUCCUUUAUAUGUAGUGGUUUUAUCAACAUGAUCAUUGCUGCAUUAAAAGUUCUGCUUUUUGUUUAUUUGUUAAAUGUGGUUUAGAGAGAGUUUAAAAUGAUCAGAUUUAGAUCUGUUAAGAAUACAUUUCAUAAUCCUGAUACUCGAGACACAUGAAGCAACGGAGCGUGAACAGGUCCAACUCGAAUAAAAACAUAAAAUAUACAAAUCUUAAUACAUAGUUAAAGUUAAAGUCACUAAAAUGUGUUAUUCACAGCAAUAGGUACAUUUGUUUGCUUUGUUAGUAUGAGGGAUUCAUGAACAUUAGAACCUCUGAUAAAUAAACAUAAUAAAUAACCUUAAUAUGUGCAGCGCAGCCCAGCGUGCUUUAGGACUGUAAGAGACAUUACACAUGUACGACACGAGGCUGCAGAGAUCUUUUCUGUGAUUUGGUUUUGCAUUAAUGAAGCGAAUCGUAGACAUGUUCACGGCACGACCUUACUCAUGUAGCACAUUUACAUUUAUUUUCUUCUUUCUGAAAAAAUUCAAAGCAAUUUAAGGUGUAUCUGACUUUUACUAAAGCUUGUUCUUUUUUUCUUAAAUCCUACAACAGGGUUUGUAAACUGCAAACUGUAGAAUAAAUUUGUCGUCUACUUUACAAGUGCUUUACAGUAAAAAAGAAAGGAGAGUGCUUCAGAGGAAAGGAAUUAGAGAGGAAGCACAAUCACUCACAUGACACGAUUAACACAGUUUUGGGAGGGACACAAAUUCAAAUCCUCAUACAGGAUUUGCCAUAUUUAUUUAUUUAUUUAUUUAUUUAUUUAUUUAUUUAUUUAUUUAUUAUUUUUUAUGCACAUCAUUGUUGAGAGUUCUUGGGCAUGUAUUUAUUGUUUUAUUAUAUCAGUUAAUGUUUCUUUUGAUACUUGAUAUGCAGAAGUCAUGGCAAAAUGACACCACACAGUUCUGUACCGAUCAUAGCAAGAUUCAUUUUUUGGUUUGUUUAUUUGUUGGUUUAUUAUUCAUAAAGACAGGGUGUUGAUGUGACAGAUUUAAUAUAGUAUAUUUAUUUAGCAUUUUAAAUAUUUUUGUUGUUGUUGUUUAAAGUGCAAUUUAGCCUUGAGGUUAUGAUAGUAUUUUUAACGAGUCGUAAUGACUUUCUGUUCACAUUUUGAGAGAAAUUAAACAAAUAGAAAAAUAAUUUGUGUAAUAUUUAUGAACAUUUUGUAUAUAUUGGAUAUUUUCGCCUUUAGUAGGCUAAUUGUGUACGUAUGUAAUUUUUGAAGCUUUAAAUGUAUAGAAUACACAGAAUAUUAUUUUAUCUUUUUUUUUGUCUUUGCUGAGUUUGUUGAUGAAUUUUGAUAUAGAAAUUAAA